AAUUUAAGGGACGAACCAAACCGCUUAUUUUCCUUUUUAAGUUCUUAGUGUGUUUUGUUUUACUCAACUUCACGUUCAUUUGUUCAUAAUAAACUAAAAUUUAAACGAUUCAAAAGAAUAUAAUCUGAAGGACGGAAACAACGGAGAGCCUGAAGUUAACAACCGAGUCAUGCUGCUUGUAGAACCUGGUGUGUACAUCGGCACUGCGGCCGACCUGAACGACAGCCAGGCAUUGGUCGCUUCAUCUGUCACUCAUAUCCUCUCUGUGGACUCUGUGGACCCCAGCCCACAGCUUCCUGCUGAUGGAGACCUUUCCAGGAAGUGGAUCAAUGUCUUCGAUGAGGUGACAGCUGACCUCCUCAGUCACAUGGACGAUUGCUCCACGUUCAUUGACGGGGCGGUGACAGCGGGCGGGGCCGCACUUGUUCAUUGUCAGGCUGGCCGAAGUCGCAGUGCCACCAUUGUGACUGCAUAUUUAAUGAAGAAGUACAGGCUGAGUUUUAACGAGGCUUACCACAGACUGAAGAGUGUCAAACAAGAUGUACAGGUUAACAGUGGUUUUGAGGAGCAGUUGUCCCUGUAUGAGGCCAUGCAGUGGGAGGUGGACACAUCCAGUCCUUUGUACAAACAAUACAGACUGGUCAAGAUCGCAGAGAAAUACCCAGAGUUGCAUCAGGUUCCCAGGGAGAUUUUUGCCAUUGACCCCGCCCACUCCAGCUGCUCAGAGGCGUCCUAUAGGUGCAGGAAGUGCAGACGAACUCUGUUUCGUGGUUCCAGUAUCCUCGCUCAUCCAGUAGGAGACGGAGCCUCAGCCUUCGGUCACAAGAAGUCCAGCAACCUUACUGGAGAUGUCCAGUGUACUUCAUAUUUUGUUGAGCCAGUGCAGUGGAUGGAACAAGCCUUACUUGGAGUGAUGAAUGGACAGCUGCUCUGUCCGAAGUGCAGCUGCAAGCUGGGCUCCUUCAGCUGGUGUGGAGACCAGUGUUCGUGUGGCCGCUGGGUCACGCCUGCCUUCCAGCUGCAUCGCAACCGAGUAGAUGAGAUCCGGCAAAUUAGCGUACAGAAAUAACACAUUUGGACACACACACACACACACACAUUGAAACAAUGGUUACUGUCCUUUCAGCAUAAAGUGAAGUGACUCAAAUCUCAUCCAAACAUUCUGAAUAAUAAACAUAUUUUUUCAUGUAAUAAAUAACUGCAGUGAUUCUGUUAAAAAUGGAUCCUAAAUAGCCAUAAUGUGUCAGAUAUGUUCUAUAAUGCACAUGUCACUGUAAAUAAAAGUAUAUCUGUAAAUAAUAAAUGGAAAAUCUAUCUAA